AUGAAAAUUAUCUACUUGAUACUUGCUUUUAUUACUUCAACGUAUUGUGGAAUUUUGUUCCCCGCAAAGCCAUCCAAUGAUCUUUUUUACAAUGCUCCUGCUGGUUAUGAAAAUGCCAAAGUAGGAGAUAUCUUGCAACAUAGAUCCACUCCCAAGCCAAUCACUGGGGCAUUCUUCCCGUCUAAGGUUCAGAACUCCUGGCAGCUUUUAGUCAGAUCAGAAGAUUCUUUUGGUAAUCCAAAUGUUUUGGUUACAACCGUUCUUCAACCAUUUAAUGCCGAUUCAUCUAAAGUUGUUUCCUAUCAAGCAUACGAAGAUUCUGCCAAAUUUGACUGUGCUCCUUCCUAUGCAAUUCAGUAUGGUUCUGACAUUUCAACGUUUGCAACUCAGGCAGAAAUGCCAUUUAUCUCAGUGUUGAUUGACCAAGGAUACUAUGUUGUGGUGCCAGAUUACGAAGGUCCAAAGCUGACCUUCACAGUGGGUCGUCAAUCCGGACAAGCUACAUUGAAUUCCAUUAGAGCUGCUUUAAAAUCAGGAAACUUGACUAGUAUUGAUGAAAAUGCCAAAGUGGUAAUGUGGGGGUACUCCGGAGGUUCAUUAGCUUCCGGAUGGGCAGCUGCUUUACAACCAAAGUAUGCACCUGAGUUGAAUAAUAACUUAAUUGGUGUAGCGCUAGGAGGAUUUGUCACCAACAUUACUGCAACAGCAGAAGCUACUGAUGGAACUGUAUUUGCUGGUAUUGUUGCAAAUGCUUUAGGUGGAAUCAGCAAUGAGUACAGUUUGUUGAAGAGUACGUUGGCAGCAGAUGCUAACAUUUUACUCAAGUUCAAGAUUAACCAAUUUGAUGAUUUCUGCCUUUUUGAUUCAAUUCUUAAUUUUGUGGGGACUCAGUUCUUUGUGGGGGUUGCGAGAAUAUUCAAAAGUGGGUGGUCGAUUUUGGAUAAACCUGGUAUCAGAGACAUUGUUGAAGGGAACGGAUUGGUGUACUUUACUGAGAUACCAAAGAUACCAGCUUUUAUAUAUCAUGGAACAGUUGAUCAGAUUGUACCAAUUGUCAAUGCAAAGAAAACGUAUCAAAACUGGUGUGAUGCGGGUAUUUCUUCUCUUGAAUUUGCCGAGGACGCUUCUAAUGGUCAUCUCACCGAAACUAUUGUAGGUGCGCCCGCUGCUUUAACUUGGAUCAUGGCUAGGUUAUCUGGUAAUGCACCUGUAUCUGGAUGUCAACACACCAAAAGACAGAGCAACUUUGAUUAUCCUAAUAUUCCACCUGCCAUACUUGAAUAUUUCCAAUCUGGUUUGAAGACCGUUAUCGGAGCAGGAUUGGGCCCAGAUAUUCAAAAAGAUCAAGUUUCUGCGAUAGGUCUUACCAAGAUUUCAACCUUCCUUAAAUAA